AUGACUUCAGUCUUUCUUUCUCAUCAUCGCCAUCAUCCCUCCCCUUCAAUGACCUCCUCCCCCGCCCAUUCUCUCAAACCCCAUCACAUCGUCGCCAUGCCCUACCCCGGCCGUGGCCACAUCAACACCCUCCUCAAUCUCGCCGGCCACCUCUCCACCCACGGCCUCCUCGUCACCGUCGUCGUCACCGAAGAAUGGCUCAGCCUUCUCUCCCCACCUCCCUGCGCCGUCCAUUUCCGAUCCAUCCCCAAUGUCAUCCCCUCCGAGCACGGCCGCGCCAACGACUUCAAUGGCUUCCUCGACGCCGUCAACACCAAGCUCGAGAAACCCUUUGAGCGUCUCCUAGAGGGUCUCGAUCCGCCGCCGGAGGCCAUCCUCGCCGAUACAUACUUGUCGUGGAUGGUCGCCGUCAUUGAGCGCCGGCGGCUCCCGGUUUACUCGCUUUGGACUAUGACGGCGGCGAUCUUCUCUCUGUUUUAUGGAUUCGAGGACAUCUUCGGCGGUGACUCCACGGCGGCGGUGACUGAAGAAAUAGACAAGAAAUUGGAGCAGCAUGUCAAGGGUCUAAAUUUAGGUGAUGUGAGUUCCAUAGUCUGCUCAGCCACACCAAAGAAGUGGACCUUGGAAUCUUUCUUUUGGGCAAGAGGUGCAAAAGGAGUCAUCUUCAAUUCAGUACAUGAGUUGGAGCCACACAUGAUAAACUCAUUGAAAUCAAAGCUCUCAUGUCCUGUGUACACUGUCGGUCCUUGCAUCCCUUACUUGAAACUCAAAGAUAAGCCUGUCAAUUCAAAUUACAUGCAAUGGCUCGAGUCUCAACCUAUCAAUUCUGUGCUCUACUUAUCUUUAGGAAGCUUCUUGUCAGUCUCCGUUGCACAAAUGGAUGAGAUUGUAACCGGGCUGCAUGAAAGCGGCAUUCGAUUUUUAAUGGUGCACGAGGCGACACUUCGCAUGUGCAGGCAAAGAUGGGCAACACAGGCCUUGUUGUGCAAUGCGAAUGUAUGGAAGGUUGGUUUGAAUGUGAAGGAAGAGAUCGGAGACGGGUGUUUGGUUGGAGGAAAAGUGAUUGCUAAGUUUGCAAAGAGGUUGAUGGAUGUGGAGGGGAUGGAGGGUAAGGAGAUGAGGAAAAAAGCUGUUGAACUUAGUGAAGUAGUUCAUAGAGCUGUUGAAGAGGGUGGUUCUUCUUAUUGCAGUAUUAGUGCCUUUGUUGAAGAUGUUUCUUCUAGUUUUUGA